AUGCCUGACAUAUGCUUCCAGCUCAGCAAGAAUGCAACAAGUGCAUCAAAGGAUUCCAAGUCCUCCAUCGGAGGACACAUCAUCUCUGGAUACGCAGAUGCCUUCAUCUCCUCGCUCAUGAUGAUCAUCGUGUCCGAGUUGGGUGAUAAAACCUUUUUCAUCGCCGCGAUCAUGGCCAUGAAGCACUCUCGUUGGAUUGUUUUCUCUGGAGCCAUAGCUGCGCUCGCCUUGAUGACUGUCCUUUCAUCUGCAUUCGGAUACCUUUUGCCGAACAUACUUCCCAGGGCAUACACGCACUAUGCCUCGAUUGUUCUCUUCAUCAUCUUCGGAGCGAGACUCUUGAAGGAAGGGCUCGAGAUGGAGUCAGGGAAAGUCUCCGAGGAGCUGGAAGAGUUGGAAAGAAAACAGAUGUCGAGACUGCUGGUGUGCGAUGUUGCUUUGCGAUUUUUCCCUGACGCCGUUGAUGUAGACGGGAACAAUCAAAGCAAUGACAACGUUUCCUUUACCAACGGGAUUUUGUGGCAGUCUUUCAUCUUGACCUUCCUUGCUGAGUGGGGCGAUCGAUCGCAGAUUGCCACCAUCGCUCUUGCUGCGCACAAGGAUCCCUGGGGAGUAACGAUCGGCGGAACAUUGGGGCAUGCUAUCUGCACAGGGCUCGCUGUUCUUGGAGGGAGGAUGCUCGCCUCACGAAUCUCAGAGAAGACCGUCGCGCUGUCCGGCGGAACUCUCUUCUUAUUAUUUGCCAUCCAUGGAAUCCUGCAGGUAUGGGUUCCGGGAUGUCACUUCGGUGGUUGGAUAUGCCUUUAG